GAGGCUGGGGAGAAGGCAAAGGCUGGGGUGAGAGCAGGGGGUUGUCGGACGCAGAUGAUUCGCGCGUUGCCACUCCAGAGAUGGCAGGAGCAGCGGCGCUCACCAUGCUGCUGCCCAUCUCUGAGCCGUUUGAGUCGACUCACAAGUCUCUUGCUGGCCACGCCUUGCUGGUACCAGCAGAGCUGGGAGAGGGGGGAGAACCAGGGGAGGCAGGAGAGCAAGGAGAGCCAGCCGAGCCACUAGAGCCAGGAGAGCCAGUACCUGCCGAAGCGAAUUUGAUGGGUGCUGUUGAGUUGGGACCCACGGCCGGUGGUGGUGCUGCUGCUGCUGCUGCCGCUGCUGCUGUGACUGCUGAUGCUGAUGGCGCUGCUAGUGCUGCCAGGGCUGGCGGUGGCCUUGCUGCAAAGGAGGAAGGAUCUGCAGGCUUGAGGGGAGGUGCUGAGGGGUGUGAGGGUGCGGAUGCAGGAAGCCCAGGAGUUGAAUGUAAGGGUCGGGAGGAGGGGGGAGUGAAGAAGCCAGGAGAAGAAGAAACGGAGGGAGUAAGCAGAGGACCAGAGCAAGAGGUGUUGGCCGAGGCACAGACUGAGGCACAGACUGAGGCACAGACUGAGGCACAGACUGAGGCACAGACUGAGGCACAGACUGAGGCACAGACUGAGGCACAGACUGAGGCACAGACUGAGGCACAGAUGAUGGACGAUGGGGACAGGGAGUCAGGGGAGGUUGCUGCUGGUGGGGUGGAUGGCAAGGGAGUGGUCGGUGUGAGGGCUAGUGCUGAUGGUGCACGUGCUGGUGCUGGUGCUGCUGGUGCUGGUGAAAGGUCAAGGGUUUUACGAGAGAAACGUAGCAGCUUGGGUGCUACUGCUCUAGACAAGGGGGGAGCUCCAGGAGAUGUUAGGGGGCGAGCCCAGGGGGCACAGGGGAGAGAGAAGUCACUUCCUCGCAGCCCUCUCAUGCAUCGCCUGCAGCACCUGCAGUCUCCCCGCAGCAUGUCACUCGAGUCAGGGGAGGUGUUACCUGGGGACACCGCAUCUGGAGGCAUAGACUCCCCCGUUUCUUGCGGCGCCAAACCCGAGACUUAUGAGAACGAGGAGACAAGCUCUGGCUCCCCGUGUGGUAACAGUCAAAGCUCGCCAUCUUCCCCUGUUCGUAAGCCGGUGGAGCUAGGGUUUCCAUACCUGCAAGCCUCAUUCUGGGUGCUGCCGUCUGCGUCCGUGGGGCCAAAUGCCCUCCCCCUCGUUUUGCCCCCGCAGCUGCUGAAGGUGGAAUCAGGCGGAGGAGGAGUGGCAGCAGGGGUAGCCCCAGCAGCAGUGGAUAAGGACGAUGGCAGGCAGGGAAGCCUUGGCGCUCAGAUGCAGCAGAAGCAGGAAGAGCUAGCUAUGGCUGCGAUGACCAGCAAGGAGCUUUUUCCAGUGGGCAUGUCAGGUCAUGCUAUAGAGGGAACAGGUGAAGAGUCCGAAUUGCAUGCGGAGGGAAGCACAGGCAAGCUUGCAGCUAUACAGAUGGACCCGGUAGUAGCAGCAGCAGCAGCAGGAGAGGAAGCAUCAGUAGGAUUUUUUAAGGAGGCUAUUAAAGCAGCAGGUUGCUCUGACAGCUGGCACUCUGCCUGCGGACUUAGCUUCCUAGCCUAUGCCCGAGCCAGGCUCCACGAUGCAGCCCUGGCUGCUUACCGAGCCAAAAUCGCCAAGGCUGCGCUUGCUGAAGCUCUGGAUCGGUUCCUGUCCACUGGGAGCGCAGAGCUACCCGGACCUGUUGCCGAACCUCUGCCACAGGGACGGCAUGGGGGUGGGGCGCACAUGCUUCAGGUUCGGCAAGGAGGCUGGAAGCAGGAGGCAGAGGAGAGGGACGAGACGGGGAGGAGGGAGGGGGGGAGAGACGUCAAGAUUGGACGAAAGAGGGAGGAUGAGGGAGAAACGGGAAGGACCGGGCAAAGGGUGAAGAGCCAGCAGGAUAUUGCGGGGAUGAGAGGUGGUGAGUCUAGGAAGCGGCAGCGGGGGGCAGGGGAGGGUGCAGCAGGUGCAGGUGGGCAGGUGGUGCAGGUGGGGCAGCGCAGACACUGAGAGGGCAUGCGGUACGCAGAAGGAGACUGCUGGUGGGUGGAGAUAGCAGCGAGUCAGAGGAGGAAACUAUGGUGCUGUGGAGGCAAGGAAGAGAGUGAAGCAGGA